ACUCAAGCUAUUCUUGGCCUUGAGACCAUAAGCUAGAGAACUUCUAAUCCGAAUUUAUUACAUUAUAUAGAAAAAAUAAUUUUAGAAGAGACUAUGGUAAUAAAAGGAUCUUUAGUAGUUGCAGUAGAGUUAGCUUUUCUCUCCACAUUUGCAAUAUUUGCCAAUUGCAUCGCCUCUACUUCGAUAAAUCGCAAUAGCUUUCCCGAUGGUUUUUUGAUUGGUGCAUCAUCUUCUGCCUAUCAAUAUGAAGGUGCAGCAUAUGAAGAUGGUAAAGGACCUAGUAUAUGGGAUAAUUUCACUCACAAAUUUCCAGGAAAAAUAUCAGAGGGAAAUAACGGGGAUGUAGGAGACAACUUUUAUCGUAUGUAUAAGGAUGAUGUUAAGCUCAUGAAGUUUGUGGGGUUGGAUGCUUUCAGAUUUUCAAUCUCAUGGUCAAGAAUAUUGCCUCGUGGCAUGUUAAGUGGAGGAGUCAACAAGGAAGGCAUUGCAUUUUAUAACAAUCUCAUCAAUGAGCUACUAUCUAAUGGUAUACAACCAUUUGUGACUAUAUAUCACUGGGAUCUUCCCCAAACACUAGAAGAUGAGUAUAGCGGCUUUCUGAGCCCUCUCGUUGUGAAUGAUUUUGUGGACUUCGCGGAACUUUGCUUCAAAGAAUUCGGAGAUAGAGUGAAGCAUUGGAUCACUAUGAAUGAGCCUUAUAUUUUUACAAAUGGUGGCUAUGACUCAGGAAAUUCUGCACCUGGUCGAUGUUCCCCUUGGCAAUCCAAUGCAUGUGCUAACGGAAACUCCGCAACUGAGCCUUAUGUUGUUGCACACCAUUUGCUUCUUUGUCACGCUGCCACAGUAAGUCUAUACAAAGAGAAAUACCAAGAAUCUCAAAUGGGAGAGAUAGGAAUAACACUUGUGUCGCAAUGGUUGGUACCAUAUUCCAAUAGUGAACUUGAUGUCAAAGCAGCUCAAAGAUACAUUGACUUCAUGUACGGAUGGUUCAUAGAUCCAUUGGUGUAUGGAAAGUAUCCCUCAAUUAUGCGUACAAUUGUGGGAGAAAGGUUACCGAAUUUUACACCGGAGCAAGCUAAGAUGGUGAAAGGAUCCUUUGACUUCAUAGGACUAAAUUACUACACUUCAAAUUACGCAGCUCAUCUCCCUCCCACAAACAAUGUUAAUGUCAGCAGUGCAACAGACCCUCAUGUCCACGUUACAGGUGAAAGAGAUGGAGUACCUAUUGGGGAUCCUACUGCAGUGAGCUUUUUCUUUGACUAUCCAAAAGGACUUCGAGAUCUUCUAGUCUACACAAAGGAAAAGUACAAUGACCCCACCAUUUAUAUUACAGAGACUGGACUGGCUGAUCGUAAGAUCGCAAUGAAAGAUGCCAUAAAGGAUCGGCAGAGAGUGAACUUUUAUCGUGGCCACCUUUUGGCAGUUCAAGAAGCCAUAGAGCUCGGUGUGAAGGUUAAUGGUUUCUUUGCUUGGUCAUUUCUUGAUACAUUUGAAUGGACUGACGGUUACAAGUUAAGAUUUGGAAUGUGCUAUGUGGAUUACACUGAUGGAUUAAAGAGAUACCCCAAAUAUUCAGCUCUUUGGUUCAGAAAACACUUUCACAUGGAGGCUUUUAAACUUUACUAUCCUAGGCGUAUGAGCUCAUGGAUUCCACGCAUCUUGCGUUCAUACAUGUGAUCUCUAUUUUUUAGUUAUUUUUCUUCUUUUGUCCUAUUCUUUUAAGGAAUUAAGUCUAAGGUUCUAGUUGUAGACAUGAUGUAUUUGUUCAUUAUUUUGUUAAAAUGCAACUAUACAGUAGAUGAAUUCUUUUAUUGGA